GGGAAAGUAAAACCUUGCUCUUAUCUGGAGAGGUUGUGUCAUUAUGCAAUGUUGUGUAAUGACAACAUACCUGAGAACAGUAACCGAAGUUUCUGAGGAAGACCAAUCACAACGGCUCAGGAGGCCGUUGGGCGGGUCCUGAGGCGGGCCAAUCAUAACGGAUCACAAGGCUAGUGGGCGGGGUUUUGUUGCGGUAGGCGCUGUCGUGCAGUAUGGCGGACGAUGGAGGAGCCAGUCCAAACGGACCUGUGGACACUAGCGGACCAGUUGACACCAGCGGCGGGCUGGGGACAGCGGACGAGCAGGACGGCCUCGGACUGGGUGGGAUGCUGCUCCACCUCACUGUUGUAGUGGUGCUAGCGGCGCUGGGCUACGCGCUCUACCGGCGGCUGGGCCGGCGGCUCGGCGCGGCGGCGGCCCGGGACGGCCAGGCCUCGGCGCUCCCAAAGAUGAGGAGAAGAGACUUUUCCCUGGAGCAGCUGGCGGAGUACGACGGCCUCGCCAACCCCCGCAUCCUCAUGGCCGUCAACAUGAAGGUGUUUGACGUCACCACGGGAAAAAAGUUUUAUGGAAAAGACGGUCCGUACGGGAUCUUCGCGGGCCGGGACGCGUCGCGGGGCUUGGCCACCUUCUGCCUGGAGAAGGACACGCUGCUGGACCGGUACGACGACCUGUCGGACCUCAACGCCGUGCAGAUGGAGAGCGUCCGCGAGUGGGAGAUGCAGUUCAUGGAGAAGUACGACUACGUGGGUCGGUUGCUGAAGCCCGGGGACGAGCCUUCGGAGUACACUGACGAGGAGGACGUCAAAGACCACCUGAAACACGACUGACCCGGCCUGGUCUCCUGUCAGCGCCUCCUCCUCCCUUCGCCUCCACCCCCUCCACCUUCUGCCCCCCCCCCCCCCCCCCCGCCCGUCUAUCUGAUGCUGGUAGACCCCCCCCCCCUCCCCAGGAGGAGGUGGAGAACUGAACUGCUUCAGCCUUCAAACGCUUCUCAAUCAAUCAAUCAAGCGAGCGACCGAUGGACCAGCGGUCUGGGUUUGUGCAGGGGGGGGCCCCUCGGUGGGGGGGUGGAGAGUGGGGGUGCUGCUGCUAGUCUGCUCCGUCACCAUGUGAUUGUAUUUGUGGAGUAGGGUAGCAGAGGGAGGGGGGUACAGCCAGCUGCAGCUCUGUAGACGUCCCUGAAGCUCAAAGUAUUAAUUGUGCCUUAUUUAGUUUGUUGUGUCCAGUCUGGUAGACCCCCCCCCCCCCCCCCCCCCCUCACACAGACUCCACUUCUUUGUAAAUACAGUUUGACGUUCACAGUGUUACUGCCAUACCCCCAUCUCUAUAUCCUGCUCUGUCCACCCCUGGUUCGUCUGCUUUUCUUUGUGCUGAGGUGCGUUUCCGCCGUUGGCCAGCGGGGGCGCUGGGGAGCUGUCCUGCAGACUGUGGAGAAGCGUUGUGUAAAUAUCUCUGGUCAUGACGCAUGUGCAACAGUGUGAGCUACGCCCACUCGUCAGCUAUUUAAAUGUUGGGUGUCUGUCAGGACUGGUUCUCUAGAUAAUAAAUGAUUUGGUUAAUAAA